UUGAUGAAAUAUAGAAACACAAGCAAGACAAACAAAAGGCAAUUGAUGGAAAUGUCCACCUUGCAAUCAAACCUUAACUACGAUAAUUGCCAGCCUAAAUUAGAAACAAUGGAGACCCCAGAAUCACACAUACUGCUUCUUCAUCUUCCUGGUUAUGCACAAGAAGAUAUAGGUGCUCAAUUUGAGUACGAUUAUAGAAGAGUUAGGGUUUUUGGUGGACGAGCACUUGGAGAUAACAGAUCAAUCCGCUUCAACAUUCUGUAUGCUGUUCCUUCGAAUUGUGAUGUGAAUAAGCUUAAGGGUACGUUCCAAGGAGAAAUUUAUAGUGUCAUAAUGCCAAAAGUAACUACAUCAAAAGAAAUCCAUGAUCAAAAUUCACCCAAAUCUUCACCACAAGCACCUCAAAAGAGUCAAAUGGAAAUAUGUGAGGAACCAAAAUCAACAAUUGAGAGUGAAAAAGAAGCUAAUGAGACUUCAACCGCACCAAAAGCCACAAAUGAUAUCGUGCCUCAAAAGGGUGAAGGAGUUUCACAAGAUGCCAAGAAUCAAGCAAAAGAAAAGUGUGCAUCAGGAAAACCACCCCCGAAAGGUAACAAGGAACAUGUCAUGGAUGAGACAAGUUUCAUCACAAAGUGUGAAGAGAAUGGUAAGGAUAAGGGCAAAGAAAAAGUGGAAAUGAAUAUUGGAUCAUCAAAAAGGAAAGGAAUAAAAGAGGUGGCUGCUUCUACUUCUCAUGUUGUUGCAAAAUUGGUAAAGGGAUUCAAUGAAGAAGAUAUGAUAGUGUUGUACACAAGUGCAACGGUUCUAGUGUUGGCUCUAGGUGUUUAUGCUUCUUACAAGUUUCGUUCCUUUAGCUAGACUAUAAAUAAUAUAAUGCAUCUCUCUUUCCUAUCAUAUGAUUUUGGCAUAUGAUUGUUUUCAACAUUUGUAAAACAAGCUGGCAAAUUUUAUAUCAUAAUCA